AUGCCUCUCGCUACCCCGUCGUUGUUCCCUCCGGAAUCACAUGUCUUUUCCAAGUUCCCAAGCCGGCGAAGUGUAGUUCAUAGUACGAAAGGCAUCGUGUCGUGCACACAACCCCUCGCGGCCAAAUGCGGUAUCGAAGUCUUGGAAGCUGGGGGUAACUGUGCUGAUGCAGCUGUGGCCGUCGCGGCCGGGCUCAACAUGACGGAGCCAUGUUCUACGGGAAUAGGCGGCGACAUGUUCUGUCUCUUUUACGAUGCUAAGAUAAAGAAAGUCUCUGCAUUGAACGGCUCUGGCCGCUCGGGCAACAAGUGCACGCUCGAGACGAUUCGCAAGGCGCUGGGAAUCAAAGAUGGCGAAUAUGGUAAGAUCCCUAUGAGCAGCGUGCAUGCCGUCUCCGUACCCGGCGCCGCGGCUGGGUGGUACGACACAAUCCAGCGCUUUGGUAGCGGGAAGCUAUCCUUAGAGCAGGUCCUAGCACCAGCCAUCGAACUCGGAGAAAAAGGCUUUCCCGUCUCGGAAGGAGUCGCGUACUUUUGGCAUAAAUCGGAGGCGCAAAUAAGGGGAGCAUCUCUAAAUGGUGGCGAAAUGCUUAAAAAGGAUCCCGGGGCGCAGAAUGGUGUACGUGCUCCUCGGGCAGGGGAAAUCAUGAAGAACCCGAACUUAGCUCAGACAUUCCGGGCCUUAGCUACGGAAGGCAAGAAGGGAUUCUACACCGGCCGUGUAGCGUCGGAACUUGUUAAAGUAGUACAAGAUCUUGAUGGAUACCUUGAACUUGAAGACCUAGCUCACCAUCUCGAAACGGGCAGUGAACCUGUCGAGCCCAUCUCGCUGAAGUUUCGGGGACAAAACGUCCGCGAGUUUCUUAAAGACAAGGUUAUCGGCGGAGGCGAGGGACAGGAUGUUGGUCUGGAGCUAUGGGAACACCCGCCUAACGGACAGGGCAUCGUGGCCCUGAUGGCGCUGGGUAUUAUUCAGGAGCUUGAAGCCGCGGGUAAGAUCCCGACAUGGGAACCCGCAGACUUCAACACGGCGCCAUAUCUGCAUACUAUCAUCGAGGCACUACGAAUCGCAUUCGCCGACGCAAGCUGGUUUGUUACUGACCCUAACGUCACCAAGGUACCCACACCCGGACUGAUCUCACAGCCGUACCUCGCGGAACGCGCCGCGUUAUUUAACCCGGAUAAAGCAUCCCAGGUAGUGGACCACGGGUCACCGGCGUUGCAAAGCAGUGACACGGUAUACUUCGCAGUAUCCGAUGCUGAAGGAAACGCCAUCUCCUUCAUCAACAGUAACUACGGUGGAUUCGGGACGUGCAUCGUGCCCAAGGGAUGCGGGUUUACAUUACAGAACCGAGCGGCCAACUUCUCGCUUGACGCAGCGCACCCGAACGUUCUGGAGCCACGCAAACGUCCAUACCAUACCAUCAUCCCAGCUGCGGUGACUAACUUGCACGACGGUAGCCUACACAGCGUAUUUGGUGUUAUGGGCGGAUUCAUGCAGCCCCAAGGACACGUGCAAGUGCUCCUAGGACAAAUCGUCGGUCAUCUUAGUCCACAACAAGCGCUCGAUGCGCCGCGCGUGUGCAUCGGCUCUGGUAUGAGUCAAGGUGGUAAGGCGGACCUCACUGUAUUCAUUGAAGAGGGUAUGCCUUCUGAGACGGUGGAGGGUCUGCGGAAGCUAGGACAUCAAGUCGAGGUUGUGACGGAUGUGGAGAGGGCACAAUUUGGCCGCGGUCAGAUCAUUCGUUGGAGCAUUGACCCUAUUGAGAAUGUGGGAGUGUGGUCCGCGGGCAGCGAUCCGCGGGGAGAUGGAGGGGCAUAUCCUUUAUGA